GCGCAACUGAGAAACUUCAAAAUCGUUACAGUCGCGCAUCCCUCCGUGUUUCCAAAGCGCGUAUCGGGGGAGAAGGUGCAGGACCACAGAGGGGUUUGUAGUUUCGACAGUCCAUGACACCAGUGGAGCUCGCUGUGAGGUGCUCAUUCAGCCAUAGUUCCUCCCUUGAGCCAAAUGCUGGAGGUCCCUUCCCUCGGCGAGAACCUCCGCAAGUCCCAGCUGCCCCCCAAAGAACUCCUGGUGUCAGGUAUCCAUCAGGUGCUUCCUACCAUGGGCAAGGAACAAAUGCAGCCAGCAGCCGGCACAGCCUGCAGCGUGGCGAAGAAGAGGCGCGUGGUUUUUGCCGACUCCAAAGGGCUCGCCCUCACAGCGGUGUGCGUCUUCACAGCCGAGGAGGCCAUCCCGUACCCCAAACUCACACUGAGGUCACGCCAGCCAGUUACACUCAAGCAGGCGCCACCUACAGGCUGCACCGGGCAUGACCGGGGCUCAUGGGGAAAGAGGCGGGUGCGUCUGGGCUUUCCUCAGCCCUCGUCAGACUUCCAGUCCUUCCGUGCCCAGCUGCAGGGAGCCCUGGUGGCACUGGAGAGCUGCACCGUGACGGGACUCACCCUGAGCGGCACGGUGCUCGUCAAGAACGUCAGCUAUGAGAAGGACGUGCGGCUGCGCAUCACCUUCGACUCGUGGCGCAGUCACCGCGACAUGCCCUGCGUCUACCUAUACCAAGGCUACUACGCUCCAGAUACCGACACCUUCACGUUCAGCGUCCCACUCCCCGACAGCCUGGACCCCCAAGACCGGCUCGAGUUCUGUGUGUCCUACCUACCGGGAGGGUAUGACACCCCUCUGUGGGAUAACAACAGGGGACAGAACUUCCGCAUUCAUGUUGACCCUGAGAGUGUCGACCCGAGCAGCGAGCCGAGCCGUGCCCCCCCGACAGUAGCCUGUGCGCUUAGACACUUUGGGGUUUCGCAGCCCUGGAGCUGGAGGCCUGGUUCAGAUUACCUAACACUCCCCCAUUCAUUCAGCUGCCCCGACCUCCUGAUGGGACAUUGCUGGGACAUUCUGGGAAACACUGCCCCCUUCUGAUGAGAAGGACACCCCAGUUGUCCACUUCUACAUACCUAAUACACCCUGGAAGCAACUCUGACUUUUGCUCCAACCCCUUCUAAGAGCAGUUUGCUAGAUUAUUGAUUUUAGAGUUACACCAUUUUCUCCCUGCGUGGUUCUCAAACAGAAACCACUCACUGCAACAUUUGUGAACUUACUGAAAAUCUGGGGUAGCAGGAACACAACUACCCUCCAAGUUAAAAUCAAUUGUUUAAUGUUGGUCCUGCCAAAAACUGGACAUUGGAGAAUUGGAGCGUGCCGUACUAUGUGAGUACAUAGCUGUAGUCCUCUGUGCAGUUUCAUUUCUUUUCAAAUCACUCCGUUAUAUUCAUUUGAAUCCUUUUGUACUUGUGUAUAAUGGACAUAACAUUUGCAGAAACCUUCAUUUGCCCCUUUUGUUGUAAAUGAAGUAGACAAAUGAUUCUCUUUUUUGUAAAUAAACUAAUUUAUGAAA